AGUGAAUAUGUCGGCUUAACCAUAAUAACCAAAAAGUAUUGCGUACUAUUUAGGAACUACAAGGAAACAUUUUGAAAACGCACUCCAACUCUACUGCAUCCCGCCGCUAGUUUUUAUCUCCGGCGAGUGGGUGAUGUUAAGGUGCCCAACGGCAGUAAGGACUCUGAGAAAUCUGAUGGAAAAUCAUUCUCACAUUCCUUCUGCCCACCAAAAGGCCCAUUUUCACUAUAACCAUACUGAUUCUCCCAACUUCUCCCGAUGGACUGCCAAAGAAUGUUACCAGUUCAUGUAUGCAAGGCCGUGGCACAAAGUUGUUGACUUUUAUGCGGACAUGGUGAAAGGCCACACUUCAUUGUCAGGAUUAUUUGGAAAAGAGACACAAGCUGAGCAUGAAGAUGCUGAAAUUCGAGGGGAUGAGAAAUCCGAGGUAGUGAGUUUUCCAGUUAAAGAUAGGGGCGGUAGGUGGGAGAGAGUAACUUUUAAGAUUGUCCUUUCCUAUCAUGGAGGUUCUUUCGAUGGAUGGCAGAAGCAGCCUGGUCUGAAUACCGUCCAAGGAUUGGUUGAAAGAUCUCUAGGUCAGUUUGUUGAUGAGAGGAAGGCUCAAUUAUUAAAAGAUAAGAACUUACCAUUAGAAGCAUGCACUGUAGUUGCUGGGCGUACCGACAAGGGCGUUUCAGCCUCUCAACAAGUUUGUUCUUUCUACACUUGGAGAAAGGACGUUAAACUUCAAGAUGUACAAGAUGCCAUUGAUAAAGCAGCACCAGGAAAGAUCAGGGUAGUUUCUCUCACCAAGGUAUCACGAGAUUUUCAUCCCAACUUCUCUGCAAAAUGGAGACACUAUUUGUAUAUAUUCCCUAUUGAUGUAUUAAAUGGAGAGCAAGAUGGUCAAAUCUGGAUCAACAGUUGCACUGAUGUUAAUCAACAGAAUGAAUGUGAUAAAAGUGCGAUUGAAGAAAGUAAUGUAGAUGUAAUGGAUGAUGACAAUGACGAGCUGGUGCAUGGAAACAAACCAACCAUGCUUGAAGUAAGCAAGGUUAACCGGCUUUUAGGUCAUCUUGAAGGAAAGCUUUUAUCUUACAAAAUGUUUGCACGAGAUCUUAAAGCUUCAAGGAACACUGGUCCACCAACAGAGUGUUUUAUCUUCCAUGCUAGAGCUAUUGAAACCUCAAUACCAUGUGUAAAGGACGGGAGUGAUAUGAAGACGAUGUGCAUUGAGUUGAUUGCUAACCGUUUCUUGCGGAGGAUGGUUCGUGUUCUUGUGGCAACAGCGAUUAGGGAAGCAGCUGCUGGAGCCGAUGACGAUGCCUUGCUGAAGCUGAUGGAUGCCACGUGUAGGCGUGCCACUGCUCCACCUGCUCCACCCGAUGGUCUUUGCAUGGUCGAUGUAGGUUAUACAGAUUACGAUAGAAGAAACUGCCUGAUUCCUUAAUACAACCAAUUGUACCAUUUUUCUUUUUUUCUCUUGUAAUACCUUGGAACUUCAGAUACAAUGUUUUUUUUCUUUUAGCUAGUCCAAUAACAAUGACAACUUUGUCUUUU